GCUGAUCACCCAGGCCCUUGUAGGAUACAGGAAUUUGGGAGGCACUACCUGCACCCCUCAUUCGCUGAUUGCCCAUCCCCUCGUUUGUGGGGGUGCUGCUUGGGAUCACCCCCCCCCCCAUUCACUGCUGACUGCCCGCCCCUUGACGGGAUACAGACGCGUUUUUAGGGGAGAUCUGCCCUGGGUCCCUGAUCCGGUGCUGAUUCCUUGCGUCCCAUUGGGAAGUUUGUUGCAUUGAGCUAGUGCUGCAGUGCAGAAGAUGAACCCUGCUCCCGUCCCUCCGCCUCCGGGGCAGCAAGUGAUCCAUGUCACCCAGGACCUGGACACGGAGCUCGAGGCGCUCUUCAAUACGGUCAUGAACCCCAAACCCAGCUCCUGGAGGAAGAAGAUCCUGCCCGAGUCCUUCUUCAAGGAGCCCGAUUCGGGCUCGCACUCCCGCCAGUCCAGCACUGACUCGGGCAGCCACCCGCCCCGGCUGAGCGCCGCUGGUGCCCAGCACGUCCGCUCGCACUCCUCGCCCGCCUCCCUGCUAGGCGCCGGGGCCGGGGCCACCCCCAGCCCGGCUCAGCAGCACGCUCACCUCCGCCAGCAGUCCUACGACGUGACCGACGAGCUGCCGCUGCCGCCCGGCUGGGAGAUGGCCCUCACCCACACGGGCCAGAGAUACUUUCUCAAUCAUAUUGAAAAAAUUACGACAUGGCAAGACCCUCGAAAGACCAUGAAUCAGCCACUGAAUCAUAUGAACCAUCAUCCUGCAGCGACUUCGACACCAGUGCCACAAAGAUCAAUGGCAAUGUCCCAGCCAAAUCUGGUAAUGAAUCACCAACACCCGCAACAAAUGACACCAAGUACAACCAUGUCCCAGCAGAGCCAUCCUACCCAGAACCCUCAAGGUGGGUUGCUGAACAUGCCAAAUGCACUGACUACCCAGCAGCAGCAGCAACAGAAGCUGAGGCUUCAAAGGAUCCAAAUGGAAAGGGAGAGAAUUAGGAUGCGCCAGGAGGAGCUCCUGCGACAGGAAGCUGCACUAUGCAGACAACUUCCCAUGGAAUCAGAGAAUAUGGCCCCAGUUCAGACUCCUGUGAACACAUCUGCCAUGACACAAGACAUGAGGACUAUUACAAAUAAUGGAUCGGAUCCUUUCCUGAACAGUGGGCCAUACCAUUCCAGGGAACAGAGCACAGACAGUGGCCUAGGCUUAGGAUGCUACAGUAUACCAACAACACCUGAAGAUUUCCUCAGCAAUGUAGAUGAGAUGGACACAGGCGAAACUGUGGCUCAGACUCCCAUGAAUGUAAGUUCGCAACAGACACGUUUCCCUGAUUUCCUCGACUGUCUUCCAGGAACAAAUGUAGACCUUGGGACUUUAGAGUCUGAAGACCUGAUCCCUAUCCUCAAUGAUGUGGAGUCUGUACUCAACAAGAGUGAGCCGUUCCUCACUUGGCUGUAAUUAAUAAUCACUCAAUGCUGAUUCAGCCCUUACUACUAGCCAACAUUUCCUUUUCCUCUUGAAAUAGAGGUAGAGCAUCUGAAAAUCUUCAGAUAUACACUUGCUGCCUUAAUGACUUGCUAUAUCACCUUUAUGGUCAAUUUAACCUGUGCCUGAAUUUGAUUGACAGUAAUUUAAAUAUAAAAUAUAUAUUUCUUUCUGUUUUUCAAGAACUGCAUCUACACAUCUGUAACCUGUGUUUCCUUUACAGAUCAUGUAGAAGUGUUUCUUUCUGGGGGCUUGGGAAUCACAGAUGGGCAGAGUAUGGGAUAGAGAUCUGUGUCCAUGAUUAAACUCAUGGGCUCUCUCUCAGUUAAAAUUAUGACUCUUAAUGAACCAAAAAAGCUGACCACACAUAGGCAGCUUGGUUCAAAAAAACCUGCACAGAAUCAGACCACAAGUGCAGUUUUAUAAUUAUAUUUAUGACAAUAGUACCAAAUGCUUUUUUAUCUAUUUAACUUGAGCUUUGAGCUUUAAAAUCAUUAUAUUAUUAGUAAGAUUGUGCAGUAUGGAAUACAGAAUAAUUCUGAUUCCAGAGCAACUAUGAUAAUCCUUAUUAUACAUUUGCAAAGGCACAAACCGUACUAUUGCAGUUUAUUUUUCAGUAUAUUACUGUAUAGCUUCCAGAUAAAUACUUCCAAUUUGAAAGUAGCUGAGUGGUUCAGUAACAGUUUUACACUACAAUAAUAUUGUAAAAUAACCAGAUUGGUACUAACUACCGCCUUAAAAAAAUCAUAAACAUAUGUCAUUUUAAAAAAAUGCAUCUUAGAUUUUGAUGUUUAUUUUAUUAAGCACUAGAAUUUUAUAACGAAAUACAUGAACACAUUUUUUAAAAUAAAUCUGUGGCAACUCUGUUUUUGACAUCUGCAAAAAUGUACUUAAAAAUCAGGACAGAAAAGAGUGGCACAACUUGACAAUACCAUAAGCAAUUUAAAAAAAAAAAAAAAGCCUUGUUCUUCUUGUUUUCAGUAGCAGUGUUUCUUUAACUGACAAUAUCAAUGAAACUGUACAGGCCACUGAAUACUUGUGAACAGAUGGUCACUUUAUCAGAUCAGUGAUAACCAGGCAGGUGCUUGUAUGUCUGGUAAAGUUGCUAAAAUCCUAAUCCUUGUUGCUUGCUAGAGUUGGUAUACAAGACACAUGGCAUACUAUCCUGUAUAUUCAUAUCUACUGUAUAUCCUAUAAAGGUUUCUUUUUCACAUGUUUGGGGCUGAGAAAGCAUCAAGGACACAAAGCAUGCAAAGUUUCCCUGAAAUGCAAAUGAAGUCCUGAAAUUCUUAAGUAUUUUGAAUUUAUUAUUUAUAAUCUAUGAAUUUAAGCUUUUUAUUUUGAAAAAAAUGUAUCUUAUGAAAGGCAUUAAUACAAGUCUCUGAGCUUGAUCCAGUUUAUAUGGGGAAAGCAAGGGAUGUAGCACUCAGUGUAAAUGUCUGUUUGUCAGGUCUAAUCCAUAAGAUCCUAUCUAUGCACCAGAAUAUUGGACACUAAAGAAUUUUUUUAUCUUGUUGGGAAAGAGGCAGAUGAAAGGGUUAGAGAUGAAGUGGCAGAAAUAUGGACUAGAUUGGAAAGGUGAAUGAUUAUGUAACAGAAAAUAAUAACAGUACCUGAGAGGGAAGGAUGGCUGCAGAUAGGGACACACAUGUAAGAAGAACUAGCCAUGUUCACUUAAACAAUACCAUACCAUGAACCCAGUACAAGAAACUUCCUUGUGAGAGAAGAGCUGCUUGGUUGCAUGUUACCACAGUGGCAUGGAAGCUGUCUUGUCUUUUAAGCAGGAGAGGGGAGAGACCUACCCAAUGAAGUUCUAUUAUACAGAGAAGACUAGUUCUUUAUAUAUAUAUUUUAAUAUAACACGGGAUGAGGAGGCAGAGUUGCAUCUGCACAGAAUAUUGCUGAAUGGACAUUGUUUUAGUUUUCCCCUCCCCCGCACUUAUGUUAGAACUAAGUGUUCAGAUAUUGGAAAUUAUCUUUCUGAACAAACAAGGGACCGAGGGGACUGAACGUUGUUACUGUAGUAUCAUGAAUCAUGUUUCAGAUUAUAAACUUAAAUGAAAAUCAGAUGGUCCUAUGGUUUUGUUCUUUUAGCUACACAAAUGGCUUUAUAUAGUGAGAGAAUUUGGGAUUUAUAGUAUCUUAUUUUGACAAUAAAACUUUUUAAGCCAAGUCCUCAGCUGCUGUAUGAUCAGUUAAGCUCCAUUGAAGUCACUGGCUUAAUAGUACAAUUUAAUCCAAGGGAUCGAACCCAGUCAAUCUUAUAAUUAAAGUUUAGAAAAGUUAGUGUAAGCAUUUACUAGUAAGUCAAUGUUUUUAUUUUUAUUUUUUUGUCAUAACAAACAAAGAUCCACAGAGCAGAAUUCUAAAGCUGGUGCCUGCUUCUCCACAUGUAUACUGGUGUAGGUCGGGAGGGUUGAGUGAAGAGAAUAAGGCCCAGAAACAUUAUAUUUUGUAAUUGUUUUCAUGUUCCUGUGAUAAUAAAACAGCAGCAGAGUUGAAUGGAAAGGUGCUAUGUAAACCAUUAUUGCUACUGUAAAGCAACUGCCCGUAAGUUAGGUCAAACCUUUUUUCAUUCUGAACCAAAUGAUGGUGAAGAUAAAAGUAAUUUUUUACACCAUAAUGUGUUCUUUUUUCUACAGAGUAUGUGCUGGAUCUAGGGUGACCAGGUGUCCCGAUUUUAUAAGGACAGUCCCGAUUUUUGGGUCUUUUUCUCAUACAGGCUCCUAUUACCCCCCAUCCCCUGUCCCUAUUUUUCACACUUUCUGUCUGGUCGUCCUAGCUGGAUCACAUGCACAAACACUCUCCCCCACCCCCAUACUAUCCUGUUUGUUGUGAAGUCCUCCUUUCCAGGAGUUUUCUGACUUUAAAAACAGGCUGUGACAGAAGUAUAAGUAUUCAAAAAGCAUAUGUAUUUGUAAUUCUAUUGAAACAAUUUAAUUUUUUACAAUAUUUCACUAUUAUUUCAAUUUGUGAAAUUACAUUUAUUUUACUGAAUUCACACUGUCUACUUGUCUCAAUACAGUAAAUAUGCUAGUGGGACAGUUGUACUGUUGACCAUCACUGAGCCUGACAUACAUAAAUGUUGGGGCUAUGGAGUAAUAGGAUGUUAAUUACAACUUGUAUUCUGAUAACACUAUUAGAAUGUAACUUUUGGGGGAGGGUGGGUUGACUAUGAAAACAAAUUCUGGGGUGUUUUGGGGGGUGGGGAGAGUUUAAAAUGUUUUUUGAAUAUGGGAAAAUGGGUGAUGAAACAAACUGUUUCUUAAUACACUGCAUCCAUGUAUGUGCUAAUACUUUAACUUUUUUAUUUACUUUCUAAUUUUAUGUUAUGAUGUGUGAGCAGUUGUUUUUAAUUUAGGUUAUUUUGCAUACAGAGGGUAUGCAUCAGAAUCAAUCAGAUCAAACUAUUGUACCCAGAGUUUGGUUCUGGUUUUUAUUUCUUUGAUCUUAUACAAGAGAAAAUAAAGAAAUGAAUUAAAGCUUU